GGUCGCUUUCCCCGUUUUCAAAAUUCAAAAUUCAAAAAAACCCAAAUUCUAGUUGUUUAUACUCGCGUCGGAUUAUUAUUAUUAUUAAUUUUUUUUUUUUUUUUAACCGCGUGUCCGCCGCCAUCCGGUAGUCGUCGUUUUCGGGUUUUAAGUUUCGGAAAUUUUUAUUAUUAUUAUUAUUUUUUUUUUUCAAACUAUUUAAAAAAUAAUUUUUUAAUUCGCACCUCCCCGUCCCCCGGCCGCCCGCCCCCGUUCCCGCCUGUGAAUGGAACGCGCGCCUCGCGACGAUGGCACAGCUCUGGGAUAAAACGCAAAAACAGUGGAUUAAGAAUUUCUGGCUGAACCUGAAGAGUUCCAGCGCCAAAGAAGACAAGGACAGCGUAUUGGGGCAUGUGUCAGAAAUGGUGGAGCUCAUCAAUGGAGAAAUGCCGAUAUUGAGCGCCACCGGCGGAUCGGCAGACUUGGCUCGCGUAGGCAUCGACUGUACCAUCAGCCCGUUGAAACCGUCGACUUCCACGUCGGCGGCGUCGUCGUCGUCGUCGGCUGCGCAACAACAGCAGGCGGCCGCCGGGUCCGAACGGCCGUGCGUCGACGGUGGCGGCGGCGGCAACGCGGCGUCGGUAAAGCGCGUCGUGUGCAGUCCCGACUUGCCCGUGUUCACCAUCACGCCCGUGGUCGAGGAAGCGGUGAUCGACUCGUCGACAGGAGGAGUAGGAGGAGGUACCGCCGGCGGCAUGGUGACGGCGUCCGCGACGUCGGCGGCCGACAAGUCCGCGGCGGCGGCGGCGGCGGUGGUGGCGUCGUUGCAGUGCAACGUGUGCCACAAGGUAUUCGUGCAGAAGACCGCGUUCCAGAACCACCUGCGAUCUCACGUCAAAGACGCGGCCGUCGAGGGCCCGUUCCAGUGCAACUAUUGCAGCAAGUCGUUCUCGGUGCCGGCCCGGCUCACCCGGCACUACCGCACGCACACCGGCGAAAAACCGUAUAAGUGCGAGUACUGCGACAAACCGUUUUCGGUCAAGGAGAACCUGAGCGUGCACCGGCGCAUCCACACCAAGGAGCGGCCGUACAAGUGCGACGUGUGCGACCGCGCGUUCGAGCACAGCGGCAAGCUGCACCGGCACAUGCGGAUACACACGGGCGAACGGCCGCACAAGUGCACGUUCUGCGACAAGACGUUCAUACAGAGCGGUCAGCUGGUCAUACACAUCCGCACGCACACCGGCGAAAAACCGUACGUGUGCAAGACGUGCGACAAGGGGUUCACGUGUUCCAAACAGCUCAAGGUGCACACGCGCACGCACACCGGCGAAAAACCGUACUCGUGCGACAUAUGCGGCAAGUCGUUCGGCUACAACCACGUGCUCAAGCUGCAUCAGGUGUCGCACUACGGCGAAAAGGUGUACAAGUGCACCAUAUGCAACGACACGUUCACGUCCAAGAAGACCCUGGAGAACCACAUCAAGAGCCAUUCGGAAAACGGUGCCAACCAAACGGCCGCCGUCAGCCCAAACACGUUGCGCGCCGGUUCGGACGCGGGCGAGACGUCGUCGUCGUCGUACGGCGGCAGCGACAAGGAGAACAAGCUGUCGCUGCUGGACGACAUCGACGGUGGCCGCCUGCUGUUGUCUCCGCCGGCCGCCGCGGCCUCCGCGACAUCUCCCGCGGCCGCCGCCGCGGGUACCGCCGCGUCCAUCGCCGUCACCGAACUCGAGAACGCCCGUGCGUCGUCAGCGGCUUCGCCGUCGUCCGCCGCCGCCGCCACCGCCGCUUACGACGACCGCCGGCCGGACCAGCGGCGCCGCGGCAACGACGUGGACACCGAACUGACCAAGCUGUGCCAGUACCUGUACCCGCGGUUGCCCGGUCCCAACGGGGCGUACAACGCGACCACCGUGACGACGGCCAACGCGAACGCGGCAAACCUCAACGCCGCCGCCGCCGUCCAGUACGGUUACGACGACGGACAGGCCGAUUACUGCGACCAGCCGAGCCCGGCCAGCAGCUCGUGCUCGAUGACGCUCACCAUGGACGAGUCGUCGCCGCCCUCGUCGUUGCCGUCGCCGCCGCCCGCCGCACCCAUCCACGGCGUCCACCAACUGCCGCCCGUCGUCGUCCAACACCCGCACUACGUUUACUUGUCCGCCGACCACCAUCACCACCACCACCACGUGCCAUCGGUGGUGGCCGUGGCGGCCGACGACCGCGGACACCUGAGCCUGCCGCCGCGCAAACGUUCCAAGAUGAUACUGAAGUCGAUGGAGACAGCCAAGAAGGAGGCCCAGUGCAGAUACAGUUCGGUCAUACAUUACGCCAACAAAACUACAAUGUAAUACCUCAUUUUGACUUUUUUUUUUUUUUGUUUUUACUUUUAUUUCGAUAUCUUUACCCAUCUUAAGUAGUCAAAGUACGAUAUUAUUAUUAUUAUUACCAUGUAAUAAUAGUAUUUUUUAAUUAUUUAUUUGUUAGCGAUUAAAACAAAAAAAACAUUCUUUUUUUUUUAGUAUCUGUGAUAAAAAAAAAAAAUAACAAAAAAACCCUUAAGGUGAUUUUUUUUUUUUGCGUUUCAUUUACCAAAACCGAAUAAUUGAGAGGAGAUAUUCUAGAGGUUAUUAUAUUUUUUUUCUUGGGAAUUUGUGGGGGGUUUAUCGUUUUUUUUUUCUUCAACAGAUACUAUAUUAUUAUUAUUAUUAUACAUCAUUAUUUAUUUUAGUAUAAUAUCUAGAAUUCGCGCCCCACGUUUAGUAAUAUGUAAUAACAAUGAUAAUAUGAUUGUACACAAGUAGAACAAGCCGCCUGGUGUACUUCAUCUCUCAUUCACACAAUGGGAACGGGGAAAAAACGAAUUACGCUGUUUUUUUUAUUAAUUAUAAUUUUAUUUUAUUUUUUUUAGAUAAAUAUGAAAUCUUAUACGGGUACUUUAUAUAUAGUAAAUAACAAUUAAGCCCCUCCCCCCCCAACCCCGUUAACUACUGCAGUGCUGUCCGUUUGUGCUAAGCCGAAGGAACAAACACACCCCUAAGGACCAUAUUGAGAAAAUAGGCCUAAAACAUCAUAUACCUUUUUUUUUUUUUUUUUUUAAAUAAUCACACUUACAUUACAACAAUUAGUGUGUGUGUCCGCGUGUACUUGAAAUAAGAGUUGGAAUUUGAUACAAUUUGUGUAUAGGUAAUAAUAAUAUAACAAUAAUGGCAAGAGCGACGCGCGCUUAAGCAUAUUUUUGAAGAAAAAAAAAUCAAAAAAAUCGACUUAUACUUACGAAUUCGUAUAAAACAAUAAUGUUGUAUUAUUAAAAAAAAUAUAUUAUAAUUAUUCUAAAAAAAAAAAAAAAAUAAAACCAAACAAAAA